AUGGCGACGCAGAAAGUUAAAAAUCUGUUAGUGCCUCCUUAUAUAGAUAAAAAUGAUUCACAGAACGUAACAGAUUCACAAUGGACUACUGCGCUUAAUAUUUGGAUAUCAAGUCUUUCAUUAAUUUUAAAGUCAAAGAAUGAAGAUUUUGCAAAUUAUUUAUUUUAUAAUGAAUCACUUCGAAAAUUUUUAGAAUCAUUCUUAGGAAUUCGAGCAAAAAUUCGUAAAUUUGAUGAUAUUCAAAUUAGACAACCAAUAGAAGUUGAUUUAGAUAAAAAAGUAUUGGCAAUAUUAUUACGACUUUCUGAACCAUCAAUUUCUUCAAUUAAAGUGAAAAAUGAAAUUACAUUGGGGGAGGCUUUAUAUCAGGAUAAGUUGAUAUCGGUACCGUUUCUACUUGAUGUAGUAGCGAUGUACGGUAGAUCAAAUAUUAAACAGAUAGAAAAAUUCAUUGAUAAUAUAAUUAAAUCUGUAACAAUAAUAAUUCAAGAUUUCGAAACACAUUCCAGUACGAUUGUUAAUUAUAUAAAAGUCAUAGAUGAAAAAUUUCAGGAAAUAGCAGAUAAUGAAAAAACGAGUAAAAAUGUUAUUUAUGAUAAAAAAAAGCUUGCAAAUGCACUUAAUUAUUUAGAAUACGUGUUGGAUAUCUCAGUCACAUUGGAUUGUCUGUUCAUAGUUUCAAAACCCGUGGCCAACAUAUUCAACGAUAGACAAGAUUUUGAGGAUAAUAUUGAUUUCUUAAUGACUAUAAAGAAUUUCUAUGAUAAUACUAUACCAAUAAUUUCGAAAAUAUUCGAAUCUGAUGAUGAAUCCUUGAAUAUUUCUAGAGAUUUAAUUAUUUUGAAACAUGCGUUAGUGUCACUUGCAUACCAUACUUUGAAUGCAUGUUAUUUUAGUCCAGUAGGAUUUACAGUCAAUGAAGGUGAUAUAUUUUCAUUUGUCAAAUCGGAUGACAAAUUAGAAAACGUAGAGGAAAUAAAAUUAAAGAUUGAAACGAUGGGUGAUGUACUUCUCUCGUUCAUUGAAUCUUCGCAAUUGGACAAGCCGGUUGAAUCUUUUGUAGAUGCACCAUUACUUUUAGACGUGGAGAUUGAAUUUGAUUUGAGUGGAAAAUUAACAAGAAUAAAAAAUGAAGUCCUCAAUGGAUAUCCUUUUUAA